CGACACGCUCUCGCACAGCGGCCAGCUGCCAGACCUGGCGCGAACACGCGACGGGCAUCGCGGCGUGAGCCACUCGCCGGUGCUCUCUUCACGCUCCCGUGCUUGGCGCGUCGAGGUGCCAGCUCGCGAUGCGGCAAUCGAGCCGGCGCCGCUUAGCGCCUCGGGUCUCAGUGUGGCCGAGUACGCCGCACUGCGCCGUGCGGCCGCUGAGGAGUACGCAGCGAGGGCCAUGGCACAGCGGCAGAGAAGCGGCGCUGGCAGUCAGCGGAGACGCUUCGACCACUGGGAGCCGGCGCCGCUCAGCCCGACGCGCGAGCGCAGUGGCAGCGGCGAUGAGGAUCGCUCCGCCUCGCGGGUCACUCGCGCAAAGGACCAGGGCGCACCAGCGGCCAUGGUGGACAGCUUCACGAGCGAGCGCAGCAGCGGCAGCGAGCGGUACGGCUAUGGCUUUGGCAUCGCGAGCACACCAGCCCUGCGCGGGCCUGGGCCAUCAGUGCCCCGCACGCGCACACGCUCGGAGCCACAGCCGGCAAACAGAGCGGAGACGGACGAGUCCGACGACGAGACGGAGCAGGAGCGGCGCGGGCGAGGCAUGCAGCGCACCGCCGAGCGCGUGGCCAACAGCUCGGCCAUUGCCGAAGCGGCGUCGCGCAGCUCUGGCGUACAAGCUGCGGCCGGCGAGCAGGAGGAGGCGACGUGCUACUUCGAGCGCUCUCACUCCUCGCACGCGCCCGUUGCGUCAGGUCGGACAAGUCCCGUCGCGGAGCGCGGCGCACCCGCCGCACCAGCUACGUCUGUGUCGCCGUCGCGACGGCGAAGAGCAGGCCGCGGUGUGGGCGCCUUCUUCCUCGGCCUGGGGGCGCUGUGGGGCCUGGGGCCAUCGACUGGCACCAGCGAGCUGAUCCGGCUGCCGCCGGCGCUGCAGCGCUCCUGGACGCCGCUCGAGCAGCUGCGGCAUCCUGCCAUGCUCUAUGCUGUGCCGGAGGCUGCCGUGCCGCACGAGCACCGACACCGCGGCUAUCACCGGUGGUCUGUGCCGCUCCGGUACGAGCCAAAUGCGACAGAGCACGCAAUGUCUGUGGCAUUGUCGCAGCUGCACUUCGUUCCAUCCAGCGCGCCGAUGCGGAGGACGGGAACGGCGGACGCAGCGUCGUCCUCGCCCCGACCACGACCUGCCAGCGAGGACGACUGGGACCGCAUCAUCGGGCGCAUCUUUGCGUGGACGUGCUGCGUGCUCUACAUGACGUCGCGCAUCCCGCAGAUCUGGUCCAACUACGUGCGCCGCAGCGUCGAGGCUCUCGAUCCUCCUCUUCAUCGCAGCAGCCGGCGGCAACACGCUGUACUCCAUCAGCGUGCUGAGCUCGCCGCUGUCAUCCGGGCCGGGCGCACGGGAGUACCUGCUGGACUGCUUGCCCUUCCUGCUCGGCUCGGGCGGCACACUGGUCUUCGACGCCAUCAUCGUGGCGCAGUUCCUGGCCUGGCGACACGUGCCGCUCGAGGUCGAGCUGCUGCGCAUCGAGGAGGAGGAAGAGGACCCGCUGGCGCCCGAGCCCGGCUCCUUCUCGGCGCGCCCCGGCUUCAGCCGCCGCUCCAGCAUCGCCAGUGCGCGCGAGGACGUCGAGCGCGUGCGCAGCAUCAGCCGGCCGCGCGGGGCGGCCGAGUCGCUGCGUCGCAGUGGCAGCAGCAGCAUGCCGCGUCCGCGCAGACAGCUGCGCUCCGUGCCGCCUCGCAUGACGCCGAUGGCUCGCACCGCGGCAGAUGUCGAACCUGAGCCUUCGUCGACGGCGCCGCGGCGCAGCCGGACGCCUGGCGAGCGCACGCCGCUGCUGUCCUGAGCGCGCCUUGCCGCACCCUAUCGUUACCGAGUCACCUAGAGCGUCCGCGGUCACACA